CCAGCAGACCGAAUCAAACGCACCCUGAAGACCGGAGCAGAACGUUGAGACCUGGCCAGUUCUCAGGGACCCAACACGUGGUCUGAGGACCUGCGAGAGGACUAUAUAAGCCCUCAGAGAGGGCGACACAGGAGGCCUCUGCCCUCGGAGCCUCACCGUGACUGAAUGCUCGACAUCCAAACCACGAUCACAGGCUCAAGAUUCAGACUUCCUCCAAACGCUCUACACUCCAGGUGAGCUCUGAAGCUCUUUAUGAUGCCUCCUUCCUCCAACUCCAGCACCGGGGGGGCUGAGGAGGGGAAGCAGUGCAUCGUCAACGACCACAUGGGACCUUUCCCUGUCCUCUACAUCCUCAUCUUCAUCAUCAGUCUGCCUGGAAACCUGCUGUCUGUGUGGGCCUUCAUCCGCAGUCCCAGAGCCAAGCAGCAGAGCACCAGCGUCUACCUGGUGAACCUGCUGGUGGCCGACCUCCUGCUGCUGCUCGCUCUGCCCAUUAAGAUCCUGAAGGACCUCGGGGCGGCUCCGUGGAGCCUGAUGGUGUUUCACUGCCAGGCCAGCGGCGUCACCAUCUACAUCAGCCUCUACGCAUCCAUCGCCUUCCUCGCCUUCAUCAUCACAGACCGCUACCUGCAGGACUGUCACACUCUGAGCUCUCUGCGGCUGCAGGAGGUCGGCUUCGCCCGGCUGCUGUCGCUGGUCGUCUGGAUGCUGCUGCUGCUCAUCAUGGUGCCCAACAUGGCUCUGCCCAUACAGGAAGUACAGGAGCAGAGAUACCUCAGCUGCUCUUCGCUGAAGAAGGACAUCGGCCUCCACUGGCACACCCUCACCGUCUUCCUCUGCACGGCUUUAUUCCUCAACGCCUCCGCCGCCGUGCUCCUCUCCAGCGGUCUGGCUCUCAAAAGGCUCCUCGGGAGUCGCAAAGAACCCAAACUCUGGGUCGACGCCCGGCGGGCGGCGGGCAGCGUGGCGGCCGUGGCGUUGGCCUACGUGCUCAGCUUCGUGCCCUACCACGUGGUCCGGACGCCGUACACGCUGGCCCAGACCAAAGUCAUCACAGACUGCCAGACCAAGAAGCAGCUGUUCCUGGGGAAGGAGUCGACGCUGCUGCUGAGCGUGCUGCACCUCUGCUUCGACCCGCUGAUCUUCUUCUACCUCUACAAACCUUUCAGACAGACGGUUCGCAGGAUGCUCCCCUGCAGCGGAAACCAGACAGUCGGUGACACUCAGGAACCGACUGCAGAGGAAAGGAUGCAGCCUUUAACUAGUGAACAGCGGCAGGAUGCAGUCUAACCUCAGAUCUGCUGUUUGUGAAGCAGCGAUUCACACAUUUUCACACCAGAAAUCACCAGAAAUAGAGAAGCAUGCAGAAAACUUCAAGGAAACUGUUGAAAUCAGACAUUUAGCAUAGCUUAGCACAAAGACUGGAAGUGAAUGGAAAUGGCUAACCUAAAAUAUACCUUCCAACAGCUCCAGAUGUGGACCAGAAACACUUUGUGUUUCAAGACAACGUUUUCUGCUGAAGGUUCUUUACAUCUGUAAUGUUGUGAAAACAUGAAACUACUGUGCAUUUCUUAUUUUUAUUAGUCCUCUUAUAAAUUUUGAAGUAAGAAACUGUUCUCAUUAUUUUGCCUGCUCCAGAUUGAGGGGGUCACCACACCAGAUCAUCUGUUUCCACCAAAUCCAGCAAGGAAAUACAAUUCUAUGAAUUAUUUUUAUUCUCUUCCUGACACACCCGUCCUCCUUUAUCCGGCCUUGGGACCAGUAUUUGGGACUGCUUGUCCGAUGGCUGCAGAACAACCUGGGGUUCAGGGUCUUGGCUCAGGACACUUUGACACGUGGACAGGAGGUGGGCACUGAACCGCCAACCCUGUGAACAGUAGACGACCUGCUCUACCUCCUGAGCCACAACUAACUAACAAACACCCAAACAGAUAAAAAUAAACUGAGGAGUUCAGUGUGUUGUUCUGUAUUUGUUCCAGCAGGUGGCAGCAUUGAUCAGUGUUAAUGCAGGGGAGUGUUUACUGUGAUCUCAGUUAAACAGUAAGGAUAAGACAAGAUAAGAUAAGAGACAAGAUAAGUUAUACAU